GAGGGCGGGGCUUUAACCCGGCGGAAGGCGGAAGCGGGCGGUACGGGGCAGCAGGAUGGAGGAGGCGGCAGGGGAGAGAAGCAACCUGGCCGGAGUGCGGCACAUCCUGCUGGUGCUCUCUGGGAAGGGCGGCGUGGGGAAGAGCACCAUCUCCACUGAGCUGGCUCUGUCGCUGCGGCACGCUGGGAAGAAGGUGGGGAUCCUGGACGUGGACCUGUGCGGCCCCACCAUACCCUGCAUGUUCAGGGUGCAGGACAGUGAUGUGCACCAGUGCGACAGCGGCUGGGUCCCGGUCUUUGUGGACCAAGACAAGAGCAUCUCGCUCAUGUCCAUCGGCUUCCUGCUGGAGAAGCCAGAUGAUGCCGUGGUGUGGAGAGGACCCAAGAAAAACGCUUUGAUCAAACAAUUUGUUGCUGAUGUGGCCUGGGGGGACCUGGACUUCCUCAUCGUGGACACACCGCCAGGCACAUCAGACGAGCACAUCUCCACGGUGGAGGCCUUGCGGCCCUACAAGCUGCUUGGAGCAAUCCUGGUCACUACGCCCCAGGCCGUGUCCGUGGGAGAUGUGAGGCGAGAGCUGACGUUCUGUAAGAAGACGGGCUUACGAGUUCUUGGCAUCGUGGAGAACAUGAGCGGCUUUGUCUGCCCGCACUGCUCAGAGUGCACAAACAUCUUUUCCAAAGGGGGAGGUGAGGAGCUGGCCAAACACGCUGGGGUCCCCUUCCUAGGCUGUGUUCCCCUGGACCCCCAACUCAGCCAGAGCUUGGAGGAAGGCAGAGACUUCAUCCAAGAGUUUCCCAAGAGCUCUGCCUUCCCUGCCUUGGCUCACAUCGCCCAGCAGAUCUUGGAUGGCGCGUCACAGCGGAGCUCCUGAGGAGGCUAUGGAGCUGAACUCUUGCCGGCUGAGCCCCUGGCCCGGCCGCACCACCAGCAGCCCGUGCUGGCGGGGAGGGGGGAUGCAGAAGCUGUUUAAAACUAUCCAGGUGGGGGGUGAUGGAGGGAGGGGGGAGCACAGCAUCAGCGCCGCUCACGGCGAUCCAAAAAGGGAAGCGCUGCUCCAUCCCCCUGGAUUUGAAGAGACCUCGUGCAGCGGCAGCCCGCUGCUUGCCUUCUCAACAUGGGAGUGCUCUGCCAUGGUACAGUUGUCCCUAGCCCCGUGCGCCCAGCACCGUCCUCUGCAGCCAGCCGUUGUGCUUGGGGAGCUCUAGCUUGUGCCCGUGGCGUUUCGUACGCUGCAAUGCUUCUGGCCAUCACCCAACGCAGCUACAGUGGGAAACGCCACUGACUGUUCUUCCCUCAAUGAACCCAAACGGCACCGGUCAUCUGGAUCGUGGCUCCAAUGUGCUGCCGCCUUCUCCUGCCGCUUCCCUCGCGUGACGGAUUAUAUGGUACUUGGUUCAGCGGCUGGUGGGUUCGUGCUGGAUGCUCUGAUGUGGACACGAGCCAGGCCACCUCACUCUGGUCUCAGAUCGCUGGUUCCUGAUGGGCUGUCGAGGGCACGGGAUGUGCCUCGCGUGAGAACGAUGUCUUUAGGAGAUCUACCACCCGCCUGAGGUCUGCGCCUUGCCGUGCUGGAGACAAGGCCUCUUUGGUCUGCUGCGGCUUAUGGCGACUCAGGAAUAGUUUGAAAGGUUCCAGGCAGUAAACACUUUUCUUAAAA